AAUUUAUUGCAUUACAGGAGGAGGAAGACACUUCAUUCAAUAACUACAUUCUGUGUGUAUCUUUUAUGUAUGCAAAUGUAUUCGCUAUUUGUAUUACUAAAGAUCUUGCUCCUUCUUGCUAUUUCUGGCACUGAAGUCAUAAUAAUCUGUGACAUAAGCAAUUUCAGGCUCCAGCUGAGAAAAAUGGGCUGAACUCCAUAACGUAUUUGAAGGUCUGAACUGCCAUUGGCAGCUGCAAGGUAUAAUUUCAGAUGAGGGAUAAGAAGGCAGAGUGGGGAGGAACUGCCAAAAAAGAAAGACGUCUAGCAGAUCUAAAUAAGACAAACGAUCCAUGUGAGCAUACUACUGUGCAUGCUUGAUGUGACUUCCAGCACUGCUUUCUGUACAUUAUAAAACCGCUCUUUCAGUACAACUGGUCUAAACUAUUGCACAAAGAAUAACUACCAUUUAAUUUUUUGCCUUUGGAAAUAAAAUGUAAUACUUAGAUGCUAGAAAAAAAAAUUAAUUAUCAUCAUAUAUUAAAGCUGUGCAACUGAUGAAACAGCCACCGUUUACUGAGGACAAUGUGAGACUUCUCAAAGUUACUACGUUUGACUGCUGGGAGAAGGAAGGGUAGGCAGACUGCUCUGAUUGCUUCAGAUAAUGUUCCAGAUAUUGACUGUAAGUAUAGUGGCAUUUCAGUGAACUAUUUCUGACAUACUGUAGAAUACUUUAAGAAUAGAAGAGUAGUUUGAGUGGGGCAUUGUUCUCUAGCAAGUAGGAGAGAAAUGCUUUGGAGAGCUGAAUAGAAUAACAGGGGUAGGAAAUGGAAUAUAAAAUUCAUAGAAGUAUUCUUGAAUACCAAUGAAAACUAGAGAAUAAUGCAGGGCUAAAAUGAUACAGGAAUAAAAAAUAAAUAGGUUUUGGCAUCAAAUUGAGGUUCAUGAAAAAGUUCUAGAAAAUGAGUGCAAAGGGAGUAAGUUGGUAGCCUAUAGAGAGAAAUGAAGCAGAGGAAGAAAAGACAGUCUGUGUAGCUGUAGAGAAUGCAGAUAAGAUUAGGACUAGGGUUAAAGAACUGCUGUGAUACAGUAGAGUGAGUUGGCAUGAACAGUCCAUGGAAGCCAUAUUCUUGUUCUGCCAAAGAUCAUGGAAAAAAAAUUUGGAAUGUGAUGACAGUGUAGCAAAAAGGCCACUGAGAUUGUACCCACUUUCUACUAAGUAGAAUCAGAUGCUUAAAUAGUCGUAAGCCUUCAAGAAGGAAAGGAGACAGAAGGCCUAAGACUGUAAGGGGAAAAUUGUAGCCAAUAUGAAUCCAAGAUUACAGCAAAGAGAAAAAGAUAUGCACUAAAAAAGCACAUACAGAGUUAAACAUCCUGGAUACUGAACUUGUUAAUUCUUCCUUUAUGUAACAAAACCAAGAUUUAGAAAUGUUUUCUCCAGGACUUGCCAGUUUGAUAGUAUCUGUUUAACUGUGUGCAAUGGAUUAGGGAUUACAAAGCUACCCAUCCACUUUCUCUACGCUGACCUGUGAUAUGCUUGCCAAAAGUGAUUCCAUGCUAUGCAGAAAAUACUGUCAUAUAACCUAAAAAUGAUGGAGGUUUUUGUAGAAAGAGGAAAACUGAGAUGAACUAUCUUUUAACUAAAACUUGUAGCAAAUGUGACCCUACCAACAGGCUCUGCUGCAGUUAGGGCAUUUCUGAAAAUCCAAAUGUUCAAAUACUGGCUUGCACAAGCUUUUAUGAAGUCAUUAGUGCUGAGGUACACACAGGUGAGGGACUAUGUUAAAUACAGAAGCAACUGAUGCUUUAAGACAACCAAGAGAGGGAAAGGUUUCUGCUGUAAGUCCUUUCCUAAAAUUGGUGGGAAAUAAACUAAUUGGACUUCAAUAAUUAGCAGUGGAACUCACUCAGAUCUACUUAUUCUGUUGCAUUAGCAGAGCUUUAAUAAUUUCUGUGGAGUUACAUACACAGUGACUGCCAGCGAGACAGAAAAGUCGUCUCUAACAAGUAUGUGGGCUAUGAACGUAAUCCAGACUGAUGGUAUCUAUAUAGAGUUUCCCAGAGGUAAUCAGUCUUAAUAUAUACAGCCUUAGAAGUCAGUAGCAACUCAUAGUUAAUCUUGCUUAUAAUAGAUGCCUAAAAGUAGAGCACACGUUAAACAUGACAUGUGCGGUUAAUAUGGCAGGCAACUCUGCUUCUGCACUUGAAUGAAUGAGUGCAAAAGACAGAAGCCUGCUUCUAGGCUACAGUUAGGGGGAGCUAUGGUAAUUUAAGUCUUGUGGUCACUAGUCCGGGUGUUGGUGUUGCACAACAUCAUCUGCAUGCUGUUAGCCUGCUGUUUCAGCACAUGCUGUCAGCUGGCUUUAAAUGGUCCUACUACAUAGCAUUCCAAAGCUGAUUUUUUUAAAUGGAAAGGUCUUUCCUCCUCUAAGAAAUCAGGAUUUCCAAUUCAGUGAGCUGCAAGACACCAGCCUCAAUGUUUGAGAAAAAGCUGUGAGACUAGAAACUUCCACUUCCAGAUAGCAUCCAGAUUUCUGCUUUCCUAGAUGCCUGCACACACACUCACUCCUCUUGUCAGAGGAGAUGAGCCUUAACUGCUGUACACAAACGUACAACAGGAGCUGUGCUGGAGACAGAAUGCUAAGGUAAUACACGUAAAGAAAGGCAUAGAAUCUUUCAACAUAAGGUGUUAAUCAAAAACCACUUGCAUCAGCAUGAAUCCAAGGUGGAAGGAAAUAGACUGCAUUGUAUAGUCGGGAGAUUAUAUUGAUUAUAUUAUCAAUAUCAAUUGAUCAAUAUCAGUUAUAUUGAUCGUUUACCAUCCAAUUAGUAACUAAAAUAUAAGCAUAACAGCCCUCCAGUAACAAAAGGCAUUACUGCUGUGCUGUUCAGUUUUGGGCCCCUCACUACAAGAAAGACAUUGAGGUCCUGGAACGUAUCCAGAGAAGCACAAGGAUGCUGGUGAAGGGGCUGGAAAACAAGUCUUAACAAGGAGUAGCUGAGGGAACUGGGGUUGUAUAGCCUGGAGAAGUGGAGGCUGAGGGGAGACCUUAUCACUGUCUACAACUGCCUGAAAGGAGGUUGUAGCAAGGUGAGUGUUGGUCUCUUUCCCCGAGUGAUAGGUGAUAGGAUGAGGCAAUGGCCUCAAACUGUGCCAGGGGAGGCUCAGGUUGGACAUUAGGAAAAAUUUCUUCACCAAAAGGGUUCUUAGGCACUGGCAGAGGCUGCCCAGGGAGGGGGUGGAGUCACCAUCCCUGAAGGUGUUUAAAAGACAGGUAGAUAAGGUGCUCAGGCAUAUGAUUUAGUAGUGGACAGGUACGGUUAGGUUUGAUGAUCUCAAAGGUCUUUUCCAACCUGUGAUUCUUUGAUUAAAAAUAAAUCUCAGUUGACUGCUUUGGGCUUAACUUUUGGUGUAUGUUCUAGCUGUUGUUCCGACCUUUCAAGCUUAAAGCAGAAUUGAAAAAUAUAAUACUAUUUGGAUGCUUUGUGUUUUCAGAAGAGCCUGAGUAUGUGAAAACAGAGUUUUGGAGGCAGAGAAAGAAAAGGCCAGAGCAGUGAGAAGGCCUUCACUGGCAACUUACAGUGUGUAUAUUUUGAAGGCUGAUGGCACAGCAAGUACAUCACUUGUGAGGACAUUUGAAAAAGAGAAUGAAGGAUCCAUCUUAGAAAAAGAAACGGGCAAGGAUGGGGUAUACAGAAAAUAACAGGAAUUUGCAUGGGCUUUGGUGGAUUUGUAUGGGAGAGGUGGAGGAGAGAUUGGAUUAGGGUAGAAGCAAAGGAAGGGGAAAGAGGAGAUAUCCUUCAACCAUAGCUAGGUAUUUUAGGGUGGAAAUAUACUUUCUCUUGCAGUACUUAGCUUGCACGCACUGUCCUCUGCAGAAUAUGAUCCCUUCCUCAAUAGGAAAGCAUUCACUAUUAAUUUCUCUAUGUAAUGCCCUCACAGAGGGGCAGUGGAGCUGUGUUUGUGUGGUCUUAUACCAUCUGUAUUUUGUCUGAAAUACAGAAAAAAGGCCCUCAGCAAUCUGCCAUGUGCAAGACAGUGGAAAUACCAGAGCUUCCCCUCAGACAACAAAACUUUAACCCUAACCCUAACUUAAUUCUGCACUGCAUUCAUUAAUAACUAUGGGACAGCUGUGCAUCAGGUGCCGAGAUAAACAGCUUUCAGUCUCAUAUUUUAUGACACACCUGAGGCAGCUGUUUUUAUGUCCUCCAUUCUGCUGUCCCUUUGAGCAUUCCUGGUUUUGAAGCUCAUCUUGCUCCUGGUGACAGGUGCACCUUUUGCUGCUGAGAACAUUAAGGCAUUGUUUGGAAAGGAAUGAGGGAAGAUGGCAGCUGAGCAGCUGCUUGUUUUAACACACAUCAGCUGUAGUUAAAUCUGCUAACAUUGCACAAGGGAGAGGGGUCAACUAAUGUUUUGUUUCUAUUUAGUAUAUAUAUUAAUAUAUUUCUGAAGGGUAAAAAUAACUGGAAUUCCAAAAUAAAGAGUGGCUCACAAUCUGUAGCAUGCUACAAAAUACAUCUUUUUUAAAGAAUGAUGCAGUUUUCCUAGUUGUAUUGUGAAAUUACUUCUAGUAAUGUUGCAUCAGGUAAUCUAGACUAUCUUUAGCACAAGACACUUUUGUAAAUAAGUAGCAUGUGAAGGCAAGUGUGUUUUAAGGUAUCUGUACAGUUUGCUACUCUGGUCUUGGUCCACUUUCCCCUACUGCUGUACUAGCAAUCAUUCAGCCUUUGAUUCUAAAACUGAUUCAGUUUUUCUGUUGGUGGGAGAUGAUCAUUUGAGAACACUUGGAAGCUUUAGGUGAGAUUUGGCAGAAACCUGUAUUACAGAAACUUUGUUCAACUGCGUGAUGAUGCCAGUCUUGAAGUGCCAAAGCACCAAUAUUUUUCUGAAUUCUGCUGAAUAGUGAUGCAUUUUUUCUGUUGUUUCUAUUCACAUCACUGCUGAUUACUAAGAUAUCUGUGUGUAAACAAAACCUUUCUCAUCUAUAAUUAGCCUUCUCUGACUGAUUAAGGAACAUGUUUAGAAUAAGGACAUGCUUAAAUAGAAUGCUGCUAUUUAAACCCAUAUAACUUCAUCAUCAACCACUAGAUAGAGAAGAAAAAUACUUGAUAAUUUAAAUGCAAUAAGAUUGCCUGACUAUAACAGAAAUGCUCUUAGGAUGUUACUUUUCUGCUUCAGAUUAUAAAAUCCUCUAGUACCAGAAUUACAAAUGACUUCAUUUGAAGCCUAUAAAGUGGAAAUUAUCUACGCUGACUAGCAUGUGCUCCUGAAGAAUGAAUUGUUCUGAAUAUUUGUUACUUCAUAUUUACAGUUAUGGCAUCAAAUACACCUUCCUCAUUACGUAGUCUAGCAAUAGUUGAGAGGGUGCUGUGAAAUUGUGUAACUGAUGCUAUUUAGUCUAACCUUUUUUCAUUUAAGUAUUUCAGUAUCAGUAAUAUGGGAUUCCUUCUAGAAAAAAAAAAGUGUGUAUUUCAGUGUGUUUUACUUUUUGUGUGUAGUAUUCAUUUUACAUCACAUAAGCUUGCAAGGUUUAGCAGAUAGAAUAAAUUAUCAUUCAGUACUUCUGAGCUUUUUUCUCACUGAUCUAACUUAUUGUGUGACAUUGGACAGUAUGCUUAAUGACAGUGGUAUGCUGGGGUUUUUAAUUUUUGUCUCUUCUCAUCUUCCAGAUGAGUUUACAUGCUUGAAUUUAUAUGUUUAAAUCAAACUGUUCUAAACAAAAGAAAUACAUACUUUAAUUAGGCAUCUUAGAUGUUUCCUUCUUCAACUGUUUCACCAGUUAUCGAUAGUUACAGCUCAAGACUGAAGAGGGAGCAGAUGUUGCCACAGAAGGAAAAAGGCUUCAAAAAGAAGAAUGGGUCCCAUGAACGAAUAGUGUAAGAAGGAUCUAUAUUUGCCGUCUCAAUGUUUCUUUAUAAAGUGAACUUUGGCUGUCACUGUAAAGCUGCCCUUCAAGUAUUUCAGUGAGACUCAGAGAAAAUAGAGUUGAACUUCAUGAGAUGCCUAAAUUCAAUGAUCCAUCAGAAAACUUCGUAGAGGAAGCUGAUAGUUUUCUACUGCAUCAGUGUGUCCUCAGCUGUUUGGACCAGGACUAAUUGUUACACGUACUACAAGACUGCAGAGAAGCAGCCAGUUUGAAGGUGGCUAUGGGGCUACUGACUGGUUAUUUGCAAAGUUUGUUGCCUGCAUAUACAAGAAAACAUGGGGUGGCAAAGGAAGGUGAAAACUUCUAAUACCUUUACCACGUGAAGCUCAUGACUGAUUUCAACACAGAAAAUCAUCAGGUGUCAGAAAAAAAAUCCAUCAAACUGCCUGGAAUAAAUGGAGAUCUCAAUGUGGAAGAAUUCAAGGUCUCUUCCCACGUUACUCGUCUCACCUUUGUGAGCGCCUUGUGUCAUGGUGAGGAUCCCUUCAGCUAAGGCGAGUUGGACUCUGCUCCCUGUGGAGCCAUCAGGGCUAUCGGAAGAGCUUGCUGCCGAGCUCCAGGCACAUUUUUUGGAAAAUCUGAGAAUGCACUGACUACGUUUUACAUUAUUAUGAGGUUACAAGACAUGAAAUAAAGCCUUGGAAAUGGCUCUACAAAAGAUAGGUCUAAUCAUGGAAGGCUAGAACUUCUGUGCAGAGCAGCUGGAAUUUAGUUAAAUACUGGAACCACUCACUGCUGAUUCGGUUGCAUCCUCCAACAUGACCAAUCCUCAGGCUACAAUAGAAGGCGGUGUUUCAGAAGUUGAGAUAAUUUCACAGCAAGUGGAAGAAGAGACCAAAAGCAUUGCUCCUGUACAGCUUGUUAAUUUUGCGUAUCGAGAUCUACCUUUAGCUGCACUUGAUCUAUCUGUGGCGGGAUCCCAGCUUCUGUCAAAUCUGGAUGAGGAGUACCAAAGAGAAGGAUCUAACUGGCUAAAACCAUGCUGUGGGAGACGAGCAUCUGUGUGGCAGGUAUUUUUGCUCAGUGCAAGUCUCAACAGUUUCCUGGUAGCCUGUGUAGUAUUGGUGGUGAUUCUUCUGACUCUGGAACUCCUAAUAGAUAUAAAGCUUCUCCAGUUUUCAAGUGCUUCACAGUUUGCAGGAAUAAUUCACUGGAUCAGCCUAGUCAUCCUGUCUGUUUUCUUUUCAGAGACUAUUUUGAGGAUUGUGGUCCUUGGCAUAUGGGAUUACAUUGAAAACAAAAUAGAGGUGUUUGAUGGUGCUGUCAUAAUCUUGUCCUUGGCACCAAUGGUGGCCUCAACAGUCGCCAAUGGCCCCAGCAGCCCAUGGGACGCUAUCAGCCUUAUUAUCACACUACGAAUAUGGAGAGUGAAGAGGAUCAUCGAUGCCUAUGUCCUUCCAGUGAAAGUGGAGAUGGAGAUGAUGAUUCAGCAAUAUGAGAAGGCAAAGGUUAUUCAAGAUGAACAGCUGGAAAGACUAACCCAGAUCUGCCAAGAACAAGGGUUUGAAAUCAGGCAACUGAGGGCCCACCUUGCUCAGCAGGAUUUGGAUCUGGCUGCAGAGAGAGAGGCUGCGCUUCAGGUCCCACAUGUACUGAACAAACACAGCAGCAACAGGUACAAGGUGGUAGCAACGGAAGAUUCGGACGAUGAAGCCACCGAGAACAUUACUGAGUUGCGACCUCCACGAGAGGAUGACAUGAAUAAUUACAUCAGCCGGUACUACAAUGAGCCUAACAGUGACAGCAGCGUUCCUGAGGCGCCCAUCUGCAUUGUCACCACCGCAGCCAUCGACGUCCAUCACCCCAACAUCUCUUCUGACCUCUUCACAGUGGAGGUGCCGAUGCGGUUGGGCAGCACCGGGACAUCUGCCAGUAUCACGUCGGGCAGCGCCUCGCGCUCCACCGUCAGCUCAGGCACACAGGCCUGCAGCGAGAGCAGCCAGACGCUGGGCUCCUCCCCGGACUGCAGCACGGCCUGCGAGGACGCUGUGGCAGCCGGUGGUGGCCCACAGGCUGAUCUUGUGCCUGCGCGGCAGCGGGUGGCCCACACCAUGGUGCAGGAGCUACUGUCCUCCCUGUCGGAGGAGGCCUGCCUGGCGCAGAAGGGGCUGCUGGAUCCCGUCAACCUGAAGCUCUCCAGCCCAGCGGGCUCCAGCCCCGAGCUGGGCCACCGGCUCAGCAUCUACAACCACAGGAACCAGGACAGCCUCGAUGUCUUCCAGCUGAAACCCCUCAUUGACUGCCCGCCGGGUGCCCCAGUAAUCGAUGAGAAGUAUGGGGCGCUGGGGCCCCCGGAGCCACGGCUGGGCAGGGUUCCCGAGGCAUAGGGACAGCUCCGA